AUGAAUGAGGACGAGGCUAUCCAGAACAUCACCAAGAAGAUUGAGCGGGAGAAGGCGCUCAUCAACGCCGCCAAUGCCAUGCGGUCACAGACCAACAACGAGGCCGUCCGCUCCCGACUCGACUCCCAGAUGCGCGAUGGCCGCCGAAACCUGCAGUUCUUCGAGGAGAAGCUGCGGGACAUUCAGCUGCGAAAGGUCGGCCAGGGCGUCGAGGGCAUGUCGCUGGGCGGCGACGAUGGCGCCCCUCCUCCGCCGCCAAAGGACUCGUCGUCGUUUGGAGACCAGGGCUACGGCUCAAUGAGUCGAGACGGCCCUCCCAGCGACUUGCCGCCUCCGAAUCCCAAGUUUGGUGCUCCGGGCCCAGGAGCAGCCUCCAAGACUCGCCCCAACUUCACCAAGCUAGACUUGAUCAAAUACGAUACCCCCUACCUUGGCCCUCGAAUCCAGCACAUGCUCUCGCAGAUCCAGUUCAAGCUCAACGUCGAAGAGCAGUAUCUCAAGGGCGUUGAGAAAAUGGUUCAGCUGUAUGGCAUGGAAGGCGACCGGAAGAGUAAAGCCGAUGCCGCUGCUCGUAGAGUGGAAAGCAAGCAGAAGAUUCUUCUCUUGAAGCAGGCACUGAAGAGAUACGAGGAGCUGCAUGUCGACAUGGACACUAGCGACGCCCAAGAUGACGACUCCAUCAACACUCCCAACCUUCGCAAGCCCCUAAGCGGUCAGCUUUCCAUUCGUGUCGUGGCCAUCAAGGACGUGGAUCACGCCACUACCGGGCGAUUUGCUCGAGGGCCAGAAACUUUCGUUGCCGUCAAGGUCGAAGACACUGUCAUGGCCCGAACAAGGACGUCGAGAAAUGACCGCUGGGAAGCCGAGUAUCACAACAUAGAGGUUGACAAGGCCAACGAGAUUGAGCUUACCAUCUACGACAAGCCUGCCGAGCACCCUAUGCCCAUCGGCUUGCUCUGGGUCCGGAUAUCGGAUAUCGUCGAGGAGAUGCGUCGCAAGAGGAUCGAGGCCGAGAUGAACAGCUCCGGCUGGGUGUCCGCCGACAGAAUGGGUAGCUCUGGACCUGGCCAGUUCCCAAUGAGCCCAACGUCUGGCUCUUUUGGAGCAUCACCCCAAACUCCCGGGGGCGGCCAGGGCCAAGGAGCUGCGCCCUUUGGCGAUCCGGGCCCCCAGCCGCAGGUUGUUACUGGCCCUGUGGAUGGGUGGUUCAACCUUGAGCCGGCUGGACAGAUUCAGCUCGAGUUCAGCUUCGUCAAAGAAAACCGACAGAGGCAGGUGGAUCUUGGUCUGGGACGAAAGGGCGCUGUUCGACAGCGCAAGGAAGAGGUUCACGAGAUGUACGGUCACAAGUUUGUCCAGCACCAGUUCUACAACAUCAUGCGCUGUGCGCUUUGCGGAGAUUUUCUCAAAUAUUCUGCUGGCAUGCAGUGCGAAGACUGCAAGUAUACCUGCCACAACAAAUGCUAUCCUAGCGUCGUCACCAAGUGUAUCAGCAAGAGCAACGCCGAAACCGAUCCGGACGAAGAAAAGAUCAACCACCGCAUUCCGCACAGGUUCCAGCCUUUCUCCAACGUCACGGCCAAUUGGUGCUGCCACUGCGGCUACAUACUUCCGUUUGGAAAGAAGAAUUGCAGAAAGUGUUCAGAAUGUGGCCUCACAUGUCACGCCGCAUGUGUUCACUUGGUCCCAGAUUUCUGUGGCAUGUCCAUGGCUGUGGCCAAUCAAAUUCUCGAAGGCAUGAGAGUUCAGAAGCAGCGCAUGUCAGAAAAGACGCUGCGAUCAGGCCCCAGCAAGAGCCCCAUCACCGGCCACGCUUCAUCAGGCUCUUUCUCGAGCGCCGGAGCAGGCUCGACUCCUGGAACUCCCUCUGCUGAAGCCACAGAGGCAGCACGACUCAUGUAUGCCAGCCAAACGUCGCCUCAGCGGCCAGACCACCCAGGCCGCGCGCCUUCCGACCUUUCUGCUGCCGCUGCAGCUUCUGCAGCCAUGGCCGCUGCCCAGAACCGUACUGGAUAUGACUCGGCACAGCAGGAUUCUUAUGCUCAAGGAGGACAAUAUGGCGGUGCCCCUCAGACGCCAGCGCACCACAGGUACAACCCGGCCGAUUAUGCCAAUGUAGACCAGGGUUUCGCUGCUUCUCAGCAGCCAGCUCAGCAACGACCUCCGCCCCAACAGCAGCAGCAGCAGACGAUGCCUCCCCCCCAGAUGCCUCCCCAGCAGCCUCCUCCCCAGCAGCCGCUGCCAGCGCAGCCGAGCCAGCCCCAGUACCAGCAGCAGCAGCAGCAACCCGCUGCCCCCAAGCCGCAAUCCCCUGCCCCCUCGGCUGCUUCCCAGGGAACUGCUGCCACAGGACCCGGAGGCGCUCAGCGCAAGGCUCUGCCGUCUGCUACUGAUCCAGGUACCGGAGCGCGUAUUGGUCUUGAUCACUUCAAUUUCCUUGCUGUUCUUGGAAAGGGUAACUUUGGAAAGGUCAUGUUGGCGGAGACCAAGCGAUCCAGACGAUUGUUUGCCAUCAAGGUACUUAAGAAGGAAUUCAUUAUUGAAAACGACGAGGUGGAGAGUAUCAAGUCGGAGAAGAGAGUGUUCCUCAUUGCCAACCGGGAAAGGCACCCAUUCUUGACCAACCUGCACGCCUGUUUCCAGACGGAGACGCGUGUUUACUUUGUUAUGGAGUACAUCAGCGGUGGUGAUCUCAUGCUUCAUAUUCAGCGCGGCCAGUUUGGCACUAAGCGAGCACAGUUUUAUGCCGCCGAAGUCUGCUUGGCUCUUAAGUAUUUCCAUGAGAAUGGUGUCAUCUACCGUGAUCUGAAGCUGGACAACAUCAUGUUGACGCUUGAUGGACACAUCAAGAUUGCCGAUUACGGUCUUUGCAAGGAGGACAUGUGGUACGGAUCAACAACGAGCACUUUCUGUGGAACUCCCGAGUUCAUGGCCCCAGAGAUUCUCCUAGACAAAAAGUACGGAAGAGCGGUUGACUGGUGGGCAUUUGGCGUCUUGAUUUAUCAGAUGCUUUUGCAGCAGUCUCCGUUCAGAGGUGAAGAUGAAGACGAGAUUUACGAUGCUAUUCUCGCCGAUGAGCCGCUGUAUCCUAUCCACAUGCCUAGGGAUUCGGUGUCUAUUCUGCAGAAGCUCCUCACCCGAGAGCCUGACCAGCGUCUUGGAAGCGGACCUACGGAUGCCCAGGAAAUCAUGAGCCAGCCCUUCUUCCGCAACAUCAACUGGGAUGACAUUUAUCACAAGAAAGUGCAGCCCCCUUUCCUGCCGCAGAUCAAGAGCGCCACGGAUACGAGCAACUUUGACUCUGAGUUUACGAGCGUUACUCCCGUUCUCACACCAGUUCAGUCUGUCCUGUCUCAAGCUAUGCAAGAAGAGUUCCGCGGAUUUAGUUACACGGCAGAUUUGGAGUAGGAUGAAGAAGAAGAUGUGAGCGAUUCUGAAGAUGUGUUCCGGGUUGUAUUUCAUGUAAGCGACGAUGUGGCCUCGGUUGAACAAGAUGAGCUUACUACGGCAAUGCAAUGGAUGCGGCUGAAUUGAUGGAAGCUCCAUAUCAAACGACCCUUGCCCUAGCUAUUCGGGCAACCAGCAUGAUACGGCGCGGCAGAUGCGUCUGGCGGAUUCUUUUUCUUUCUUACUGGCUAAGGCGACGAGACGAUAUGACAGUCAACUGGUGAUACCUACAGGAUGGGGUAGAGAGGAUAAAAAUCGGCGAGCUUUUGAGUGUCUUUUAUUUUUGGGAAAGGGGCAUAAUAUCAAAGGACCCCUCACUUUUUAGGCUACGGUUUGUGCGCCUUUUACCGUUCAUUUCUUUCUGCAACUCUUUUAAAGCAGCGACUGUUUUUUCAUUUUUUCAUUUUCGAAAAGCAAAAUCUCUUUUUGGGGGAUUGGGAUACAUCUUGUCUCUGUACUUUCUUUUUGAAAAGAUUGUUGCGGUUUGACUUUUUUUUCAUAUUGCUUUCGUUUAGUUUGAUAUGUGGAAGCCGGGGUUGAAAAUACGAGGGGAUGUUUUGCAGCGAAAAGAGUUUUAUACAGAGCUACUAAUAGAGAAUUUGAUGCCAUGAUUCAAAAAGGGUUGCAAGAAUGAGUUGAAGUCAUGUUUGCAAGACUGUAUGUUGAAUGAAUGUUGAUAAAUAUGCGGCUGAUAUUACAGUUCUGGUGGGAGAGUAGACGACUUUUUAUCGUUUGUGAUUAAAAGGUGGUAGUGAGACUGGCAUCUAUAUGAGGAUAUUUACAAAACAUAGACUCCCCAUCCCUUUCUAUCUUUUAUUACUUUUUUUUUUAUUCAUUUAUUUCUUUUCUUAUCAUUGCUUUUUACAGUUUGUUUUAGUUGGUGUACUCCUUUUGCAGCAGCUUGGCAAUGGUGUUGAGCCUGUCAUAUCAUGUCAGUCACCAUAUAAUCAUGCAAAAAAAUCGAUUUUCAUGCUAGGAAAAGAAACUUACUGGAUGUUGCUGGUGCCCUCGUAAAUGGCACCAAUCUUGCUGUCGCGGAAGAACUUCUCGGCCAGACCCUCGCGGACAAAGCCCAUGCCGCCCAUCCACUCGACGCCGAGACCACUUACACGGCCGGCAACCUGGGAGGCGUAGAGCUUGGCCAUGGCGGCGUCCUUGAUAAAGUCCUCGCCGGCCUCCUUCUUGCGGGCGGCGUUGAAGACGAGGGCGCGGGCGGCGGCGAUUUCGGUGUAGGCCUGGGCGAAUUGGUGCUGCAUGCCCUGGAACUCGCCGAUGAGGGAGCCGAACUGCUUGCGGUCGUUCCAGCAGUACUUGACGGCGUUUUCCCAGGCGCCGAGGGCGAGGCCGGUCAUCUGGGCGGCGAUGCCGAUGCGGCCCUCGUUGAGGAUGCUGAUGGCGUACUUGUAGCCCUGGCCGCGCUCGCCGAGGAUGUUCUCCUUGGGGAUGUGGACGUCGUCAAAGUUGAGGACGCAGGUGCUGCUGGCGCGGAUGCCGAGCUUCUUUUCCUUCUUGGCAAUGGAGAAGCCGUCGGUGCCCUUUUCGACGAUGAAGGCGGUGAUGCCCUUGUAGCCCUUUGAGGGGUCGAGGUUGGCAAAGACGAGGAAGACGCCGGCCUCCAUGGAGUUUGUGAUCCACAUCUUGGAGCCGUUGAGGACGAAGCCGUCGGCGGUCUCGGUGGCGCGGGCGGCCAUGGCAAAGGCGUCGGAGCCGGACACGGGCUCGGAGAGGCAGAAGGAGGCGACGGUGUCGGUGGCCAGGCGCGGCAGGUAGGUGCGCUUGACGUGCUCGGAGCCCCAUUUGAGAAUGG